CCACCGGUUGCAGAGCCAGAGCACGACUGUGUACAAACAGCGAAAACAGGGCUCUAGUGCAGAGCCCUGCCCCUAACCGGCUGCUGCGUGUGGUGAACGUUUUUCCUCCUCUGUUGCUUCCCUCCAGAACUGUUCAAUCCACAGAUCAAAACAACCAAAGCACACCUCUAAUGGCUUCAGAUGACAAGUUUUCAAGACACCAAUCAACCAGAUGGAAGAGAAAAUCAUUUGAUAGUUCUGAUGAAUGGGGUCUAUCAUCUGAAGAAGAAUUUGACGAUUCUGCUGAUGAAAAUGAGGUUCUCCAUAAACAAGCUCAACAUCAAUCUAUUCAUAUAAAACCACAGGCUGUCCUUGAUCCAAAAGAUCCAGAAAACCUUACACGACCUUCCAAAAACUCAUCAAAUAACAAACCUUCUUCCAAUGACUUUAAAAACACUGACAAUGCUAUUAACAACAACCAAACAAGUUUCCUUCCUUUUGUAUUUGAAAAUAAGCUAAAUGAACUGAAGAGAACACCUGAAAAAACCAAUCAACUUGAAUCUGCAGAAAAGGAGGAUUUAACUUAUGAUCACAAUCUCUAUAAUGAUAAUUCUAUUAUCAGUGAUGACAGUAUAAAAAGUGAUUAUUCUUAUUCUCAUGGAGAUGAAAGUAUUAAUAGUCCUUUCAAAAUAAAUACUUAUUCCAAAAACAACAACAACAACAACAACAACAAUAAUAAUAAUAAUAAUAAUAAUAAUAAUAAUAAUGAUCUAUCGACAAGAGAAACCACUAAUAAUUUGGGUUCCGAUGUAGAUUUGAUCAAUUCACUAACUAAGACAUUAUCUCAAAAAGGUUAUAUCUAUUCUUCAUCUGAAGAAAGAAUAGAAGAAUCUUCUAUCCAUAAAAUUGAAACAAAUGGCUUAUUUGGAUCAAAAGUACAAUCAAAAGAUGAGUUGAAAAAUGAAUUGAAAGAUGAAUUGAAAGAUGACUCAAAAAGUGAUUCAAAAUUCAUUAUAAACUCAAUUUCUAUUCGCAAUGCUCCAAAAAAUAUUGAUAAUCGUGCUUUAGUUUCCUCAAAUGAUUCUAGUUUAGAUGAAAAUUCACUAUUAGAUAAUUACAUCAAUAACAUGUUACGCUCCAAUAAAAUCAGCAAAAUUGAUGAGGAUAAAACUGACGAAAAUAAAAAUCAGAUUGCUCGAACUUUGAGCAAUAUCACAAACAAAGAAAGUAAUUUAACUAACGAUGAUUUUAUUCUUCCAUUAUCGCCAAGAUCCAAAAAUAGUUCUUUUAAUUCUGUUGCAGAAAAUCAACCAAAAGAUCAAUCAAAGGGUCAACCAGACAAUCAAUCAAAAGAUCAGCUAAAAGAUCAGCCAAAAGAUUUUUUUGAUCUUCCUUCCUCACUUGCUAUAACGCCCAAAGCUUUUUUACCUGAGAAUCAAAAUAUCCAACUGAAUUCAAAGAUUGAUAACAUUGAAAUUAAAAAAGAAAAUGAUUAUAAUAAUAAAGAUUUUAAUAAUCUACCCUCUCAAUCAUCUAAAUCGAAUAUUUUAACAGAAACUGAUUAUAAAAUUUUCAACGAUAAAGAAGCUAUUAAAUAUGAUAAUCACACUAAUGCUACUGAUAUUAAUAAUAAUGCUACGGAUACUAAUAUUACUGCUCCUACUACUACUCCUACUACUCCUACUACUACUACUACUAAUAAUAAUAAUAAUAAUAAUAAUAAUAAUAAUAAGUUUCGAAAUUUAAGUGAUGUGAGUGAUGACGAAUUAACUGGAACUCUAAAUGAUUCGAUUAACAGUUCGCUUGAUAACUCAAUUAAUUUAUUUAAUCCUGGCAUUUCAAAUCCUUCAUCAAAUAAGUUGAAUUUAAUUCCUUCAAGAACUCUAAGUUCAGAAGCAGCUCAAAAACAAAAUGAUAGGUUUUCAAGUAUAUUAGGUCAAAAUCAAAUUGACAAUCUAAAUGAUCCUUACAAAUUUGAUCAAGAAAAUUUUAGAAAUAAUAUUUCCAUUGAUAAUUUUGAUAAAAGUUCCAAUACCUUAAAAAAUAUUGAUAGUGAUUUGAAAAAUAAAGAUAAAGAAAAGAGAAAUUUAAAUAAUGGUCAAAAUAAUGUUAUGGAUGUUAUAAAUGAAGAUAAUGGAUACUCUAUUGACGAUUAUUUUGGUUUAAAUAAUAACAGUGAUAGUGAAAGUUCAGAUUCCAUUGAUCUAAAGUCUUUUACGGGAAUUUGGAAGCCAAUUGAAACUACUAAUGACAAAACGGAUCAAGAAAGAAUCGAAAAUAAAAUUAAUAACAAUGAAUUUAUUAAUAAAGAUGUUCUUAAUAAAGAUAAUAGUGAUGAAAGUAUUGAAAUAAAGAAAAAUUUUAAUUCAAUGGAAACGAAAAAUAUAGAUAGCACAGAGACCAGAGUUUUGCCAAAAGAAACUUAUGAAAUUAACAGCUUGACUUCAAAAUCUAGUAUUAACAAACGCUCUUUGAAAAAUGUAAAUGAAGAUGAUUCAUUUAAAUAUUUUAGUGAUCUUGAUAGUGAUAUUGACUUAACUCAACUUGAAAUUAUCAAUGAUAAAAUUAAAACUGAUAACUCGAAAACCAAUCGUGAGCUUGACAAUAUUGAAACUGAGGUUCAUUCACAAUCUUCUUUAUAUGAAUUUUCCAAACAUGUUAACAAGGUGUUGAGCCUUGAUAACUCAGAUUUUUCCAAUAGUGAUGCUAAUAUUUCAGGGAAAUCUUACAUGGAAAAUGAUAAUUUAAGUGUAAAAAAUGAUUUACCUUUUGCUUCAACAAUAAUUCCUAACCAAAAUCAAGUUAACCUUGAAGAGAAAGAGAAAGAAAUAAAGGAAAAAAAUAAUCAUGCUAUCGACAAUGAAAAACCUCUACCCUCUGUCCUGUCAUUGCCCACAAUUUCAUCAUUAUAUUCUGCUCAGCCUGUAAUAACAGGAGUGCCCAGUUUUCAACCCAAAAAACUUCCAACACAUAACUUUAAAGAAAUAUUAUCUAUCAAAGAUCCAAAGGUGAGAAUUUCAAGGCUAAAAGAAGCAAAUAAAUUAGAGUUUACUUAUGAUUCGGGAUUGACAAAUUGGGUUGAAUUUAUAAAAACUCCAGAACCGAUAACAGUAAUUAAUUAUAGCAAAGAAACUGCAAAAAUUGUUGAAAAAAUCAAAAAGGAUUCAAUCAAACCGCCCGUUAAAAGAAAUAAUAGUUUUAAACCAAAUUUAUCAGGCGCUGCAUCGCAUAUUCGAACAUCGAGUAUUUUACCUAGUUUUCCUAAUGUUGUAAGUGAAAACCUUCAAAGGCCUGGUCAUAAUAUUAAAGAAAAAAUAGGACAUGUCCAUGAUAAAGUUUCUGAAACUAAAGCUACCAAAAAUGCUAAGAAAUUUACAAUGGGAUUAUUUCAUAGAGGUAAGAAAUUUAUUAGUGGGUCGAAAAAUUGAUGUUUUUGUUUUCAAA